CUCCGGGCCGCGCGCUCCGGGGCAGUCGGUGAGAGGGCCAGGCCCCUUCAGUCUCGUAGUCCGUGUUGUCCCGGGUCCCGGGGGAUGCCCCGGGCCGGGUUCCCCUCAUGGCUGCCGACAUCUUCAUGUGUUCUCCGCGUCGGCCCCGCAGUCGGGGCCGCCCAGGGCUGCUCAAGCCUCAGGUGCCAGAGGACGACGACGACUCGGACACGGAUGAGCCGUCCCCGCCGCCCCCUUCUUGCGCGGCCACCACGGCCCGGGCCCACGCGAGCACAGCGCCGCUGCCGCCCCGAGCCGGGCCUGGCCGCGACGAGCCUCCGCGCCGCCAGCAGAUCAUCCAUAGUGGCCACUUUAUGGUGUCGUCUCCGCACCGCGAGCACCCGCCCAAGAAGGGCUACGAUUUCGACACGGUCAACAAGCAGACGUGCCAGACCUAUAGCUUUGGCAAGACCAGCUCCUGCCAUCUGUCCAUCGACGCUUCGCUCACCAAGCUCUUCGAGUGCAUGACCCUGGCCUACAGUGGGAAAUUAGUGUCUCCAAAGUGGAAGAAUUUCAAGGGCCUAAAACUCCAGUGGAGGGACAAGAUCCGGCUCAACAACGCCAUCUGGCGGGCAUGGUACAUGCAGUAUUUGGAGAAGCGCAAGAAUCCUGUGUGCCACUUUGUCACCCCACUAGAUGGCUCUGUUGAUGUAGAAGAGCAUCGUCGGCCUGAGGCAAUCACCACAGAGGGCAAAUACUGGAAAAGUCGCAUUGAGAUCGUGAUCCGGGAGUAUCACAAAUGGAGAACCUACUUCAAGAAAAGGCUACAGCAGCACAAGGAUGAGGACCUCUCCAGCCUGGCCCAGGAUGAUGACAUGCUUUUUUGGCACAAACAUGGGGAUGGCUGGAAGACCCCAGUCCCCAUGGAGGAGGACUCACUGCUGGACACAGACAUGCUCAUGUCAGAAUUCAGUGACACCCUCUUCUCCACACUUUCUUCACACCAACCUGUGGCGUGGCCCAACCCGCGGGAAAUAGCACAUCUAGAAAAUGCAGACAUGAUCCAGCCAGGACUGAUUCCUUUGCAACCCAAUCUGGACUUCAUGGACACCUUUGAACCUUUCCAAGAUCUCUUCUCUUCUAGCCGAUCCAUUUUUGGCUCCAUGAUGCCCGCACCUACAUCAGUACCCACCCCAGAUCCCAGCAGCCCACCUGCUCAGGGGUCCAUCCUACCAACUGAAGCUCUACCUACUGUGAGCCUGCCCAACAGCCUCAUUGCAUCUUCUGCAGCCCCCUCUCUACAGCCCACAGAUGGGCAAUGCUGUGAACGUACUUCCCAGACUGUGGACCCCUUUAUCCAGGCUACAGACUUUGGUCCCUCUGAGCCACCACUGAGUGUCCCCCAGCCCUUCCUCCCUGUCUUCACCAUGACCUUACUCUCCCCCAGUCCUGCCCCAGCUGCAUUACCCUUAGUUCCUUCUGCCACUACUCUGAAACCCCCAACUUCACCAGCCUUCCUACAGCCUCAGAAAUUCUCUGGAGUCAGCAAAUCACCCCCUGUCAUCACCCACACAGCCUCUGCUACCCUUACUCAUGAUGCUUCUGCCACUACCUUUAGCCAGAGUCAGGGCCUUGUGAUCACAGCCCACCACCCAACCCCUUCCCCUUCCCCCUGUGGUCUGGCACUCUCACCUGUCCCCCAGCCACCAGCUGUUGGCCCUCCCCAACCUCAUUUAACUUUUAUACACCCCAAACCUGUGUCCUUGACUGGAGUGAGACCCAAGCAGCCCCCCAAGAUAGUGCCUGCUCCCAAACCUGAGCCUGUGUCCUUGGUGUUGAAGAAUGCUCACCUUGCCCCAGCUGCCUUCUCAGGCCAACCACAAAAAGUCAUCAUGACGUCAGCCCCUCUGAAGAGAGAAGGGAUGCUGGCAUGUACUGUGUCCAAGUCCAGUGUGGUCAUUGCACCUGCUAGCAUCAACAGGGCUGCUGGAGUCACAGAGUUCCACAGUGGCAUCUCUCCCAUGUCACCACAGGCUUCUGGAGUCACAGAGUUCCUCAGCCAUAGCACAAGCAAUCAGCCCACCCCCAUCUCCCGGCUCUUCUCUUCAAGCACGGUACAAGACUCCCUGGUAAAGGGCGAGCAGGUCCCGCUGCAUGGAGGCAGUCCCCAGGUCCCUCCUACAGGGUCCAGUCAUGACUGCCCUAACUCAGGGCAAGCCUCUCCAUGCCCAUCAGAACAAAGCCCCAGUCCUCAGUCUCCCCAGAACAACUGCUCAGGGAAAUGUACAGACCCAAAAAAUGUGGCUGCAUUAAAGAACCGGCAGAAGCACAUCUCAGCUGAACAAAAAAGGCGCUUCAACAUCAGGAUGGGCUUUAACACCCUGAAUAGUUUGAUCUCCAAUAAUUCCAAGCAGACUAGCCAUGCCAUCACACUGCAGAAGACAAUGGAGUACAUCACCAAGCUGCAACAGGAGCGGAUCCAGAUGCAGGAGGAGGCCCGGAGGCUGAGGGAGGAGAUUGAGGAACUCAACGCUACCAUCAUCUCCUGCCAACAGCUGCUCCCUGCCACAGGAGUGCCUGUCAACUGCCGCCAGUUUGAUCACAUGAAAGACAUGUUUGAUGAAUAUGUGAAAAGCCGGAUCCUACAGAAUUGGAAAUUCUGGAUUUUCAGCAUGAUCAUCAAACCACUGUUUGAGUCCUUCAAGGGGAUGGUGUCCACCAGCAGCUUGGAGGAAUUUCACCGCACGGCGCUGUCCUGGCUAGACCAGCACUGCUCUCUGCCCAUCCUCAGGCCAAUGGUACUGAGUACCCUCCGGCAGCUGAGUACCACCACCUCCAUCUUGACAGACCCAUCCCAGCUGCCAGGGCAGGCAUCAGAGGCUGUUACCAGGAUUGGCAAGAGAUCAGGGGAGUCCUAAGCUUAGCUGGCAUGUGGAUGAUGCAUGAAAUGCCUGAAGAUCCCUCCCUGCCUUUCCUGACGCACUGCCUUGGGGCUACACUCCAUGCCACUGGCCCACUGCGCCUGUCAGGAUGUCACGCUCAGGUCUGAAGCAGGUUUGGGGCCUGCCUGCAGCAAUAGCCCAUCUUGGGAACCCUUGCUGUGACCUCUCACCCAGUGACCUCAAUCACAAGUCUCCCCUGCACUUGGGGUGGCCCAGAAAAAGGGAAUCAUCAUUUCUUCUAGUCCUGUCCUACUCGAGGCCUGUCGGGGCCCUGGGCCAGUGGAACAGAUGGGAUAAGGAGACAAAGCCUGCUUUUACAGGUAGAAUCAUCCAGGGUCCCUCUGAGUUCUGUCUUGAGACUUAGAGACUUGUCUCCUGUCAUAUUCUUAUCUACUUUUGUUGCUCUGGUAACCCCUGCACGACGAUCUCUGGCCUCUGUAGUGGCAGGUGAAGCCUCUCUGUCUUUUGUGACUCUGACAGCACCUGACCUGGAUGGAUCUGGGCUACUGUUCUGACCUCCGCAUAAAGCAAGACUGCCUUCCUCCCCAGUGUAUUGGGGAGAGGGGGUUAUGCCUUCAGAGACCCCUGAGCACACAUGGAAAAUGGUGUGGAGGCCAACUGGUCAGCACAGAAGCAUGAGCAAUGCAAAACUGCUGUUCUGGCUCAGAGACUCUCCAGGCAGUGUCUUGUCUAUCAUGUCUUAGUUCUACCUGGCAUUGAGAUUGCUGUUGCUGCCAGGGACUUGCCUAGGGCCUCCUCUGCCCGGGGCUAUCUCAGCCUUGCCUCACAGCUGAGGCCCUUCUGUGCCUGUUCUCUACCUGCUUCCACUCGGCAGUCAUGGGAGAGGCAGGUGCUCUCCAAGGUCGGUCUCGCCCUUGGCUCUAGCACUCAGAAGGCCACGCCACACUCCAUGAUGCUGCUGUCAGCCUGGUCUUUUUUGUUGUUUUUUUGAAGUUCAGCUGGGAGCUCCAAACCAGGACAGUUCUCAGACCAAAGAUGUCACCACACUAAAAAAAUCUGUCUCAUCUGGCGCUAGGAGGAAGAAACAGAAUGUUGACAGGCAGGACAUCAAGGAAUCAACCCUUGAAGCUGUUUCCAGGUCUCCAAGGUUAGAUGGUAAAGGACUACACUCAGAUUUGGACCAGUGGAGCUGGAGGGUAGGUGUCUGAAGGUUCAAGUGUCCCAGUGUAUGUGACAGUUGGAAGGGACAGAGGAGGCAGCGGAGCACUGCCUGCUUGAUCCUCGCCCUUUUCUUGGCAGCCUCUGUGAGGAGCUGCAGGUGGUAAGGCACUCUUCUCCAGCUCUCCCAGGAAGAAUGCGCUUCUCUUUCUUGCUGUGACAUCUAGAGCAUGCAGUGGGCUUUUUCUUGGACUUUGUCCUCCUGGCCUCUCCUCACUGUGCUGCCUGUCCUGAGGGGACCAUGUGAAAAGGAGAGCUCAGACAGCCUCCUGAAGUUCCAUCCAUUUGGAAUCUCCUGUUGGUGCCUGAGGCCCGCCCUGGACUAAGUUGUUGGAGAACAGAGAAAGGGUAGGGGCAGCUGGCCACACCACUGCCUGCUGUGGGCCCCUGACCAGCUGCUUGCUCCCUUGAGUAUUUCUGUUCUGUAUGGGAAUAGCUUGGUGGCCCCUCAGCCAUCCUCAAAAACAUGUUUACAGGUUGAAGGAUGAGCACAAGGCACUAGGCUGGCCCUUGGAAUUUCUACUGGGAACCACUGAAAUUGGCCUUCAGAAGGUGAAGGCCACUGUGGUAAAAAGGAAAAAGGAAAAACUAGAAUGCUGCUGAGGGCCUUGGGGAGCCCAGCCCAGCCCCUCCUACUCCUGUGCCUUGUGACACACAGGCCAUAUCAUGGCCGGCCAGCCAGGACUCCUGGUUUUCUCUCCACCCUUGCUGGGGACUUCUUUUUAAAACUAUGGAAUAUAAAAUUGGCCUCUUGUUUCUCUGGCUACCUCUCUCUCGUGCUGAAUUAGUUUCUUCAUUCUGUUUCCUCAGAUAUUUAAGGCUAUUAGGUUGUGUGAGACUAGAAGAGGGUGUGUGAGUACAUGAGCAUGUGCAUGAGCUCUGUGUGUGUGUGUGUGUGUGUGUGUGUGUGUGUGUGUGUGUCCUGGUAGACUUUAUUAGGUACGUGAUUUGGUUUUGAAAUAGACUCCUGUUCCUUUCUCUGGUGCUCACCAUCACCGUGGCUGUGAGGCCACAAUGCUUUAAAACCUCCAAGCAUGAUCGCUUCUCGCCCUGGAGAUGCUCUUGUUUAGAAUCUUGCCUGAUAAAUCUGGCCAGAUAGAGGAGCCUGACCUUGACUUCUACCCUGGGCUCUGAGGUCAGUGUUUAAGAACAGCCAAACUGAGCCUCUCUGCCAGGGGUCUCCACUGAGUGAUGACCACCACGUGACUGGGGUUUGUUUACAUUCAUUUUCACUCCUAUUCUUGUCUCCACUCCCAUACAAGAAACUUCAAAGUGUUGGCACUUUGGGGAACAAGAAUAUCAUCCUAAAAGGAUAAACCAUAAGGCCACCUGGUAAAGCUCGGUGUUUCUGUGAAAUCUUUGAGAACCAUCAGUGUGUGUCUGCACGUUCUUUCAUUAUGAGUGGUGCCACAGGGGCAGGGAGCUCUGUCUGAGGGGACGCCUCAGAGACGAUGGCUUGUUACACGCCAGCUGUCACCCUCAGGAGAGGCCAAGCCUGCUCUAGCGUUUUUUUACAGCAGGAGGGAAGGGGUUAGCUUUGAGACUCUGUGUUGGCAACACACUGGGUCUUGUGGAAGAGGCUGCAAGUGGUUGACCAGCACCAUGCACUUGUGACCCAACCUAAUCCUGUCUGUGUGCUCAAGACCUGACCCACUCUCUACCCCCUUUAGAGCCUUGUUCUGAAGGGCUCUGUGCUCUAGCUGAGAGUGCUGUCCGCUUUGAUUCUUCAAAGACAUUGUACCCAAACCCCAGAUGGUCCCUGGGCUCCUAAUCCUUUCUCACUAGAGUCCAGUAGAAGGUAGCCCCAGGCCUACCCAUGGCCAACAGCCUCCCCAGGGUGGGUGGACUACUGUAGGCUGUAGUUGCCUGCUGGACCAGCUGCCCUCAGCUCAGGGCUCUUGUCACCCCUCCCCACUGUCAGAAAUCCCUUUCUGUUCAUCCUAACAUGGCCCUGUAAGGGUCUCUGUUCUCUGAGGCCUCCCAACAGCCUGGGUGUAUCGGGGCCUCUACCUUUUCUCUCUCAGAGCAGUGGCCUUUCCCUAGAUACCUACCCUUCUUCCAAGGGAGUUCUGCCUAUCAGAUGAAACCCACCACUGUGUGUGAAACUUAUUUUGUCAGUGUCUCGUUGUCCUAUUGAGGGGUUUGUGGGCAGUGAUAAUGAAUAGCCACCUAGAAUGCCAGCGCUAAGAGAAUGUGAAUUUGGACUUAGUCUCUUUGAUGCCACAACAUCAGUAGACUCUCCAUAUCUGCACAUGUCUAAAAGGAGAGGGGGCAGUGAGGUUGGGAUGGCAGAUGCCCAUGGCAUAUUUGAGGCUUGUCCCUUCAGUAGGCACCUUAACCAGGAUCUGCUUGGCAGGUUUUUGGUGGUUUUAUUUUCAGACAGGGUCUUACGGUGUAGCCCUGGCUGGCCUGGAACUUGUUAUAUAGACCAGGCUGGCCUCAAACUUACAGAAAUCCCUCCCAAGUACAGGGAUUAAAGACCUGCACCACUGUGCCCAGCCUACUUGGCAGGUUUUGUGAUAUUGGGGCCUGUGGGCAGUGAUGGGAGACCAGGAAUGUAGGAGGAACCUUAAAAAGGAACCGCACCCCAGUGCCUCCUCAAACUACAGAAAAAGUGGCCAGUCACCAGCUCUUUUGGAGGACUGGACCUUUCCCUGCUCACUAUAUAGGAGUGUCUGCUUGUAUGCUUGUCAGAGCAUGAAGACUCAA